CGCCCUAAUAAUGAAUAUAAAAUUACUUCGUUAAAAAUUUUUUAAUCUUACAUACUUGUAACCUAUAAUAAAGUUUCUGUACCAACAAAUAUGUGAUAAGAUGCUCCAGGUUCAUAAUGCUUUGCUCCUUUCGUAACAUCAAAAACUUGACCCAAUAUUGAAAGAUAUAAUCCAUUUUCAAUAUUAUUAUGUUUUUUUAAUUCGUCUCUAGUAAAUAUUUUCUGUUUUUCAUUUAUUUCUAAUAAUUCCAAUUCUGAUGUACUGAAUAAUAUAUCAGUUACAUUGUUCAAUUCUUUGGGUAGAAAGUACCAUAUUAUUGUAAAAUAGCUCUGUGAAUAAAGUAAAUAAAUAGUUGCAAGUAAAAGACUUAACCAGAAAUAUCUUAAAAUCAUUAUUUUUGCCUUUCGCUUAACCAAUUAGGUUAAUUAAUUGCAUACAGUAUUUUUCAUGAUUAAUAUAUCACAAUCAAUAACCCUUAACAUUAUUUUAAAGUAGUAAAACUAAUUUUUCUACCCUAAGAACCAUUGAAACUGAUCAGAAUUGGUAUAAGUUAAUUACAAUAUAGUUAAUAAUUUUGUAUUAUAUAUAGAAUUAUAUAUUUCCUAUGAAAAAAUUUACGAGACACUAAAAACUGUCAUAUUGAAAAAUAAAAUAAGAUUUUGUAUUAGUUUCUAUUUUAUUCGAAUUGACAUGUUUUAAAGGCAAGUUUCUAAAAAUAUCUGAUUGAUUGUUCUAAUAAUUACUUUCGAAUAAGUCUGAGAAUUUUAUUUUUUAUGUAAAUGGUAGAAUUUAAACGUAACACGUAGCAAGUUAUUUGCGAUUUAAACAUAACACUAUGUAAAACCAUGUAAUAAUUUAGCAUCUCAUACAUAGAUGCAUGUAAAUACACCCAAAUGUACACACAUUAUAUCUAUAAACUAAAAUAGCAUUCUAAUGGCGGGUUCUACAUCAGUCAAUACAAAAUGCAGGAUGAUUUAAAAGUGAAAAAUAUUGCUGAAUAUAUUUCUUGUGCUGUAUAAAAAAUAAAUUUUGUUUAUUUUUAUUAAAAUGCUAAAGUGGUUUGUGUUGUUAAAAAUGAUAAUAACAAUAGUUUAUAAACCUAUCAAUAUAUUAUUUUAAGAUUGAAAAUAAUCAUGAGAUAUACCAUUCAUUAUGUUAGUUUUAUUUACUCCUUUAAGAAUAUAAAGAUAAGUGCGAUUAAAUUAACAAAGACUACAAUUUCUAUUGGCAGAAAUAAAAGUACUAAUUAUAUUAUGAGAGUUCUUAAUGUCGCUGAAAAAAAUGAUGCUGCGAAAAACAUUGCUGCUUAUUUGUCACGCGGCAAUUGUAGGAAAAGGGACGGUUUAUCAGUCUAUAAUAAAAUUUAUGAAUUCAAUGUACACUUGUGGAAUGAAGAUUGUCAAAUGAUUAUGACAUCUGUUUCUGGACAUUUGUUGGGCUAUGAAUUUGUAGGUGCUUAUAAAAAAUGGCAAGGAUGUCAUCCUUUAAGUUUAUUUGAUGCUCCUGUUAUGAAAGAUUGUAUAGAUGACAAAUAUUCACAAAUAAAAAGAACUAUAGAGAAAGAAGUAAAGAACUGCAGAGCUUUGAUCAUUUGGACUGAUUGUGAUCGAGAAGGAGAAAAUAUAGGAUUUGAAAUCAUAGAAGUAUGCCAGGCAGUUAAACCAGAUAUACGCAUAUAUAGAGCAAAAUUCUCAGAAAUCACACAAACAUCCAUAAACAGAGCUCUUCAAACUUUAGAUAUACCAAAUAAAGCUGUCAGUGAUGCUGUAGACAUAAGAAGUGAAUUAGAUUUAAGAAUAGGUGCUGCGUUUACAAGAUUUCAAACAUUAAGACUACAAAAAGUAUUUCCUAGAACACUUGCAGACAUGCUCAUAAGUUAUGGUAGUUGCCAGUUUCCAACAUUAGGAUUCGUGGUGGAAAGAUUUCUGGCUAUAGAAAGAUUUCAACCAGAACCAUAUUGGAAAAUAAAAGUAAUGAAUAUUCUUAAUGACAUUUCUGUUGAAUUUCGUUGGGACAGAAUAAGACUUUUUGAAGAAUUACCUUGUCAAAUAUUUCUUGAUAUAUGUCAAGAAAAUCCUAUUGCUACUGUAAUUAAAGUUACCAGUAAACCCAAAAGUAAAUGGAGACCUUUACCAUUAGAUACAGUUGAAUUAGAAAAACAGGGUUCUCGGAAAUUGAAUUUAAAUGCAAAAGAAAUUAUGAAAAUAGCAGAAAAAUUAUACACGCAAGGUUUAAUUAGCUAUCCGCGUACAGAAACAAACAUUUUUCCGAAAGAACUUAAUUUACAAUCUUUAGUUACUCAACAUAGAGAUAGUCCGGUAUGGGGUCAGUUUGCACAACGGUUAUUGGAAGAUGGAGUAUCUCCUAGACAAGGCAAAAAGAGCGAUCAAGCUCAUCCUCCUAUUCAUCCAACGAAAUAUAGUUCUACUUUAAGAGGAAAUGAAGCAAAAGUCUAUGAAUUUAUUGUAAGACACUUUCUGGCUUGUGUAUCAAAAAAUGCAGAAGGUCAAGAGACUAUAGUAGAAAUUAAUAUAGCUGGAGAAAAAUUUCUUGCAAAUGGUCUUCAGAUCAUAGCAAAAAAUUAUUUAGAUGUGUACAUAUAUGAAAAAUGGAAUGAUAAAGAAAUACAUAGGUAUCAAGAGGGGCAAACAUUUCAACCGACUAGCAUUGAAAUGAUAAAAGAAGAAACUUCACCUCCUAAAUUAUUAACUGAAGCAGAUUUAAUCGCUUUAAUGGAUAAACAUGGGAUUGGAACUGAUGCAACUCAUGCAGAACACAUAGAUACCAUAAAGUCAAGACAAUAUGUGGGCUUGCAAGAUGGUAAACAUUUUAUGCCUUCAAAAUUAGGAAUUGGACUUGUAAUGGGUUAUGAUAAUAUGGGAUUUGCAAUGUCUAAGCCAAAUUUAAGAGCAGACUUAGAAAAAGAUCUUAAAUUAAUUUGUGAUGGUCAAAAAGAUCCGAAACUAGUCCUACAAAACCAGAUAGCAAAAUAUCGUGAUGUAUUCAAAUUAGCAAUGCAACAUGCUAAUUUGAUUGAUAAUGCUAUAGCAGAAUAUCUUGAAGAACAACCAGCACAAGUACAAGAAACUGAUAUAAUUAAUACUUCUACAAACACAGUUGUUUUCAAAUGUCCUAAAUGUGGUUCUGAUAUGAUAUUAAAAGAUAGGAAACAAGGUACAGGAAAAUAUAUAACUUGCAUGGGAUUUCCAUCAUGCAAUAAUGCUAUAUGGUUUCCUCAAUCGAUCGAAAAUGUUACAGUAUCGGAAAAUACAUGUACUCAGUGUACUGGAAACAUGCGUAAACUGAAAUUUAAAUUAUCACGAAAUAUGUUUCAUCUUUUUGGAAGUACAUAUACAACUUGUAUAGGUGGUUGUGACCCUAAUUUUAAUGAAACAAUAAAUAUCAAAGAUGAUACUAUUAAAAAAAUGUCACGUAUUACUGAUAGUGGUUAUGAAACCACGAACAGCAGUUCAGAAGUAUUGAUCAGGACUCAAAUGCUUCAUAAUAUGGGAGAAUCUAUAUCAAAUUCGAGAACGAUAAAUCAAAGAAGUGAAAACCGUUCAAGAAAUCCUAAUAAUCGAAGAAAAGACAAUAUUGCAUCUACUAAAAUGAAAAACAAUGCUGAUAAUUUCAAUCAGACAAUAGGAUUUGGUAGUAAUCAUACAAACACUAAUGAUAUUGUAUCCUGGGGGAACAUAGAUAAUGAUGCUGAGAUAAUGUGUCAAUGUCACCAGCAUGCAAUUCAGUUAACAGUAAGAAAGGAUGGUCCAAACCAAGGAAGACAAUUUUAUAAAUGUGCACAACCUCAGGGUAGUGGCUGUAAUUUCUUUCUGUGGGCUUCUGAUAGACCACAAGAAGAAAAUACAACAAAUCGUAAUCAAAUUUCAAAUCAAUCUUGGAUGACACAAAAUCGAACACAACAGCCUAGUACUAGUAGUAACUCUACUGAUUGGAUAAAUACUAGUGUUUCAGGAACAAAUAAUGUUAUUAUGUGUAUUUGUAAUGAACCAGCUAAACAGCUUACAGUUCAAAAAGAAGGGCCAAAUAAAGGUAGACCCUUUUAUACUUGUCCUAAAGGUCGGGACAGUACAUGUAACUUUUUUAAAUGGGCCGAUGUAGAUGUAAAUGUUAAUAUGAAUGAAAGAACUGAUUCAAGAAAUUUUGGGAACAGAAAUAAUAAUUUUAAACACAAAGGAAAUAGCUCUACUUCAAGUAGAUCUCAAGGAACUCGUGCCAAAAGAAAAUGUGGCAUUUGUGGAACUGAAGGUCAUACACGCAAAACAUGUCCAGAAAAUGUCAUGGAUUAAUCAUAACAUUACAAUAUUGUAAAUUAUAUACAUUUCGUACAACUAUAAUCAAAGUUUAUUAAAAGUAAAGGAUGUUAUAGUGAUAAACAUAAUACAAUCAUUUGUGGCUUAUUUUAAAGAAUGUAAAAUUUAUUACGGAGAUUAGAGAUUAGUUAAUCUCUUUGUUUAGAUAUAAGCUUUAUUUUCAUAAUAUUACUAGAGUGCACAAAAACAGCACAAAAUAAAAUUGUUCAAAAUAAAACUAUUGAAAAUAUCGUA